UAGUUGGAAUUCGAUUAGUCAAUGCUAAAGUCGUGUGAAUUAAGGAUUUUUCUAAGCACCAUGAAAGUGUUAGCUUUAAUUUUGUUGCUCCCGUGUCUUUAUGCAGAAGACGAAUUCUAUCGCGAUCGAAAUUUAGUGUGCUUUUACAAUUCAGAUGGAGUCAAGUUACCGAUUAAAGACUUAGCUCUUGCCGUGCAGUUCUGCACGCAUUUGAUAUAUGGAUAUGCAGGAAUUCGUGGUGACAACUACGAAGCACACAGCUUAAAUGAAGAGCUAGAUAUUAAAAAUAAUCAUUUUACUGAAGUCACGUCUUUGAAAAGCAAAUAUCCUAAACUUAAAGUGCUACUGAGUGUGGGCGGUGAUCGUGAUAUCGAUGAAAAGCAUCCGAAUAAAUACAUUGAACUACUUGAGGCAGGAAGUGAGAGUCAAAAAGGUUUUACCAAAUCGGCUUUGUCGUUAGUUAAGACUUACGGAUUCGAUGGCCUUGAUUUGGCUUAUCAGUUUCCCAAAAACAAACCCAAGGAAGUGCACUCCACAUUGGGAGCGGCUUUGGAAAGCGUCAAAAAAUUCUUCACUGGCGAUUCUGUUGUGGAUUCUAAUGCAGAAAAGCACAAGGAACAAUUUAUAUCGAUUGCUCGCGAAGUUAAGGAUGUGCUGCACCCUAAUGGCUUUCUGCUAAGCUUGACUGUGCUACCCAAUGUUAACUCCACUUGGUACUUUGAUAUUCCGAAGCUCAACGGUCUCGUUGACUUUGUAAAUCUUGCCACCUUUGACUUCUUAACUCCCGAGCGAAAUCCCGAAGAAGCGGACUACACUGCUUCUCUUAUCGGACUGACAUCACAGGAGCGAUUGUCUCAUUUAAAUGUUCUUUUUCAAACGGACUACUGGAUGAAAGAAUUUCCUGUCACAAAAAUCAAUUUGGGUAUUUCAGCUUAUGGAAAUGCUUGGAAACUAACUGAUGAAUCGGGUAAUACUGGCAAACCUAUUGUACAUCACACAAAUGGUCCUGCUCCAGCAGGUCCUUACACGAAGAAAGCUGGUCUUCUCAGCUACACAGAAAUAUGCACGAUGUUGGCAAAUGUAGAAGAUGAAAUUGAGAAGGAUGUUCAGUCGCCAAUAGAGGCUGUGAAUUUUGGAAAUUACGCUUACAGACCAGCAAAGGGUUCUGGACAUGACGGUAUCUGGAUUAGCUAUGACGACUUGGAUACCAUAAGACAUAAGGCAAUGCAUGCUGAUCCAUUAUUAGGAGGUGUCGCUCUCUUUAAUCUGGAGUACGAUGACUUUGGAGGAGUGUGCUCUGGCAAAAAGUUCCCAGUACUGCGCACUAUAAGAAAAGAAUUGGGACUGCCUUUGAAAUGGCAGGACUAGAAAUUGAAUGUAUAAAUUCUAUUACAUAAAAUUGUUUGUUUAUUUAAAUAAACCAAUAAAAAUCAACUACAAUAUGCAUGAA